CAGAAUAUUCAGUUGUGAAUAGUAUAAAACCUGAAACUUCGAAAACUCGCUCCUGCCUCUAACUCCGUGGUAUCGUAACCGUGACAAGUGUCGUUUUGAAAGUCACACCCGAGAUUCACGUACGGAUCACGUACAUCGGCAUUCGCAUCGCGAUACGCGCGUCCCUGCUAUCAAUUAUCCAGUAUUUUCUUCGUCUUCUCUCGCAAUUUACCAAAGCACGCGACUGAAAGUGUCAACGGUGAAUCCCCGGACGCGUUCCUGCAUAACGGACGGUGUUCUAAAAGUGCGGCAGUCCGAUAAAUUAAAAGUACAACGUGACAUCGUUAGUUUCAGAGGGUAAAUGGCCGCAUCGAGCGAACGAUGCUGAGGCCCUCUCGGGGAGUGCGCAAGUGUGUGAGAAUUUGUUUCACGCAGACGGUUCUUCGGUGGAAACGUACAGCUGAUACAUCUUAAAUGUUGCGCUCCUUUAUCCAGUGCGGAAAAUUCGCCUACGAAAAGCAUUAUCGCAGCGCGGUGGAUUCCAGGGUUUGCAGAAACAGCCGCAAGUUUCACAAGUCGAAUAGUUGCAAACACGGAAAUUUAAGGAAGAACCUCGAUGAACUUUCGAGAGGAUGACGCGGGCCACUCGGCUUGAUCGGGUCGACCUCAUUUGUGAAAUUACUCCUGUUAUUAACCUGAUAGGUAUAUGGGUGGUUAUCCCCCGUGCACACAGACACGCGUGUGCAUGAAUGCGUGGACGCGAGCAUAUAUCGAACCAUAAUUGUCCAUUCGCGAGGCCCUCGGUCCGAUCGGCGCCGCAUCGUCAAGUGGCGGGCAAGUGGCGGAGGCGGCUGAUCAUGGUGGGGACUAAAUUACCACAAUUUUGUACUCCUUUUUUUCACUCGGAAAAAAACAACAACAACGAGGAUGAUCAUUUUUGGUGGAAAAGCAACAAUUUUAUCGGGCGUUGUUAUACGCGAUCAGUUGGCGUCUACUGCGGCAACGCUUUACACCUGCCCCUCGUGCAGCUCCCGCGGGAUAUCCUCCGAGUCCGAGUGCAUUAUAUCCUCAUGCGCGAGGCGGGUUUCUUUAACGGUUCCUUCCUUUCGCCACCCGAUAUUUUUGCCGUUAUCGCUUUCGAUCUUCCGUGAUUUCGCAAAUCUUUCGCGCCCCAAAAAUUUAGUCCACGUAUAACCUGUGAUCGUGAAAGUACUCAAGCUCCGUUCCAAGCAUGGCCGACUCGCUGUAUCUGAGUUAUUCGAUUUUUCGUUAAGGAUGUAGUUCACACGCUAGUCCUUCACUGCCUCUAAUCUCCGACGAACCACGAUAAUUCGCUUGCUAUGUCGGAAUCGAUGGAUCCCAAAGUACUCACGUUAGUUCGAGUCCUCCGAGAAGAACGCGACGUAAACCUUGACGGCGUCGAAUCGCGCGGCGGCUGCAGCCUUCGGUCCCAGUUGGGCCCCGCGGCAACCGCAGGGCAUCACUGUCCCGAAAGAUUUAUACACUGCACAGUCUGCUGGUUUUUGGGGGAUGGGCCUGCUGCAGCUGGUAUCUGUAAAGAAAAUUACGGAGCAUCGGGGAUCGGUGGUGGAUCGUACCGCUGUCAAUCGGACCACCCGGAAUAUGUCGAAGACGUCCGGGAGUCCAGCUGAUUUGAAAACUAUCACUUACACGACGAAAAGAGCCACACCGCGAACUCACAGCUAAAUAGACAGAAGUGAACUCGUUUCAUGUGUAAUAUAUUUACACCAUUUAUUAUUAUACACUCCAGAUGAAAGAAUAAUGAUUAAAGCUGUAGCGCCGAUGUUUGUCUUGUAUAGGUAUACAUCCUCAAAGACCGUGUUAAGCCUCGUUUACUCUUGAUAAAUAACCACUUGUGUAGAAGUGUUGAAGAGAAAAUAAAAAUUCUCGGAGAAUAUUGCUUGUACAUAUGUAUUCCAGUUCUCCGCCACGGUAGAAAAGUUAUGAGAUUUAUGGCUUCUAAUGAAAUACGUAAUCUAGUUGUACGUAUCACAUCUAUUAUGUGUACACGCCGCGUGAAUUAAGCUUUUCCUUUUUCUUAUACCUACUGUAGAAAAUUAUAUGAUAAUUUGCAAAAGUUUCCUGAUUGAUCUACCUACGGUGUGACUUCAAAGUCGUUGCCGAAUCCGUUAUACGUUAUACGUUAUACUGAGUUGAAACUGACGACAAAACCUAUAUAAAUACUUUUUACAGUUUAGUAAUUACACAUCUCCGAAGCUUUUACAAUGUCUAUUGUAUAAUCGUGUACUUUGCAAGACUGUGGAAGAUUAAAAUACAAUAAAACAGUA